UGUUACUCCAAUUGUACCCUCGACAAAUUGUCGUCGUCGAUAAUGGCGACGCACUAUGGGCGACACUUGGAGAGGCUGCAGCGCGGCGAGCACUUAGAAGUUAACGCCGUAUUGGCGCUAUGCGAGCGAGUGAAGGAUCUACUUGUAGAGGAUGACAAUGUGGUGCACGUCGCGUCCCCCGUGGCGGUGUGUGGCGACAUCCACGGACAAUUCCACGAUCUGUUGGAACUCUUCAAGUUGGCGGGCCAGGCUCCCGACACGAGCUACAUCUUUCUGGGCGACUUUGUAGACCGCGGCGCCAUGAGCGUAGAGACCAUCUCGAUGCUGUGUGUACUCAAGGCCAGCUACCCGGACCGCGUGACGCUGCUGCGUGGAAAUCACGAAUCUCGCCAGACGACCCAGGUCUAUGGCUUCCAGAUCGAGUGCAUGAAGAAAUACGACGGCGACGCGCGGAUCUACAAGGCCUUCAUGGAGCUCUUUGACUUUCUACCACUGGGGGCGCUCAUCGAUAAUAGUUUGCUCUGUCUACACGGCGGCCUUAGUCCGGCACUGCACCAUUUGGACCAGCUACGAAUGCUCGACCGCUUCCAGGAGAUCCCUCCGGACGGAAUCUUUGCUGAUAUUGUGUGGUCGGACCCGGACUCCAAGACUCUGGGCUUUCACAUGUCGCCGAGAGGAGCGGGGUACAUCUUUGGAGAGGACGUGGUGGACAAGUUUCUGCACAUGAACAAGCUGGCACACAUGGCGAGAGCACAUCAGCUGUGUAUGGAAGGGUAUCAAGUACUGUUCCGAGACACGUUCUCCACGGUCUGGAGUGCGCCGAACUACUGCCAUCGCUUUGGAAACCUCGCUGCUGUCAUGGCCGUAGACGACCACCUUGACCGCACGUACAAAACCUUCAAGGAGGCGCCGUCUUCGAGGAACAUUGGCGUGCUGGACAGCAAGGGCACGAGCUCGGACGCCAUCGACGCCGGCUACUUUACGUAAGUCGAGAAGAGCAUUUCGAACACUAACGAGACACACAAAAAGUCGAUAGAUUUUGUACUACAGAGCUGGAGUGAUGCAGUUUGACGCGGACUUGUUUGUUCACUUAGUGGUGACGUCUCUUCUUGUCUUUGCGGUUCUUGGAGCGGCGCUUGUGAUCCUUCUUGGCCUUCUCGUAGGCUGCUGCGAUCUGCUCCAUUGUCUUGAGAUGCAGAGGCUUCAUCUUCGUCUUGACGCACUUGUCGAUUUCCAGUGCAUCAAACACCACCAGCGACUCCGGAUGAUUGUACAACUGCGCGUUGCCCACCAUGAGGUUGAAAUCCGCUUCAAACUGGUCGUGGGAGGCGUAGUAGUACAUGUCCAGACGCGCCUUGAUGGUCGCCAAGUCCAUUGGCUCUUUCACGAUCGUGUAGUAGUCCGGGUAGUCCACUGCUGAUGGCUUCUCCAUGUACAAUUCCGAGCGAAGACGUCCAGUAGGGUCCUUGAGCUUGAUAACGGCGUCAUAAACCUUCUUGUAGUAGUAGCAAA